AUGUUGCUCAUGUUGGGUGAACACAAUCAGCUUGGCGACCUCGGGCAAGUCUGGGACACGCCGGCAGCAACCGGCAGCCCAGUGCUUCUGGAUAUGUCGGCUCCCGAGGAUCUGAGCUUGAUUGAUCGGAUUGCCAGAUGCUUGGAAACUUUCUAUCAGAGCAGAGUCAAAGCUAAGGCUUGAUCUUGAUGUACAAAAACAAGUCACUCAUUUCGGUCAAAUUAGGAAUUGAUCUUGCGCUUGGUGAAUGUCCA